AUGGGCACAGAAAGUGAUCGCCAGGUUCACCUGCAUUUCAUUCUCCGUCGGAGUGCAGAACGCACCGCCAGGACAGCAUCCCGCCGACUUGCCUGUCAACCCGGGUCACCCCACACACAACCACUGCGCACUGGCACUCACAGUUAUUACCCGUUCCGUCGCACCCAUUGUAGUACCCGAACCCAGUCGUCACCGAAACUUGUGCGGCGGGAUCAGCGACACGUCCGUGCUAGACCCGCAGCCGGCGCACGUCGGGUUCUUCAGCGUCGUCUCGAGCAGCGAGCAGUUCUCGCCGUUGAACCCGCAUGCUCCGGUCUGGAGGUAUGCGAUGGCGGCGACGAGCGGGCCGUUGCUGACGUAGUCGCCGCCGGUCGACAGCACGCGACCGCCUUGGAUCAAGAAGGGUGCGGGAAGUGUGGAUGGAUGGAUGGGGCUUACAGUACCGUAUCCGCAUCGGUUGUCAAAGUGGACGACGUGACGCUCUGCCUGGACGCCGACGGAAGCGACGAGGGCGACGGCGAGAGUGGAGAAGAGAGUGGAGAAGCUGCAUAG